AUGUGCAUCGACUACCGGCAGCUGAAUGCCCAGACAGUCAAGGACUCGUACCCUCUUCCCCUCAUUGAUGACAUCAUCGACAGCCUCUGCGACGCCCGGAUCUUCUCAACUCUCGACCUGCGCUCCGGUUAUCAUCAGGUGCGCAUUCGCGCCGGGGACGAGGACAAGACGACCUUUCGCACUCGCUACGGCACCUUCCGAUUCCUUGUGCUGCCCUUUGGCUUGACCAACGCACCCCCGACCUUCCAACGCCUCGUCAACAACGUCUUCAAGCAGGAAAUGGACAAGUUCAUGGCACCCUACAUCGACGACCUCGUCAUCUACUCCAAGAAUGAGAAAGACCAUGAGCAGCAUCUUCGUCAGGUAUUGCAGAAGCUCCGCGACCAUCGACUGUACUGCAAGGCGAGCAAGUGUCACCUGUUCCAGACGGAGGUGGAGUUCCUAGGCUUCAUCGUGGGACAGGGCCACCUCAAGAUGCACCCUGCCAAGGCGGACGCCGUCGAGAACUGGUCGACGCCGCAGAGCACGACCCAGCUGCGGUCCUUCCUAGGCCUAGCCAACUUCAACCGCCGCUUCAUCGCCAACUACGCCAAGAUCUGCGCCCCGCUCAACGACGCCCUCAAGAAGAACGGGUUCAAGUGGGGCCCGUCGCAGGAGGAGGCCUUCCGGGAGCUGAAGCGUCGUAUGACACAAGCACCUGCACUCCGCAUCCCUGACCAGCGCCAGCCAUUUGAGGUGGCAACCGACGCAUCAGACCGAGCGAUAGGCGCCGUCCUACUCCAAGAUGGGCAGCCAGUCGCGUACGAGUCCCGGAAACUCCAGGCCGCGGAGCUCAACUACCCAGUGCGGGACAAGGAGGCCCUCGCCUUGAUCUACGCGCUGACCAAGUGGCGCGUGUACCUCCUCGACAAACGGACCACGAUCCUCACCGACCACCGCUCACUGACGAACAUCACCACCCAGAAGACAUUGAACGGCAGAUGGGCGCGAUGGAUAGAGCUCCUGAACGACUACGACCUCGACAUCCGUUACAUCAAGGGCAAGACCAACGUAGCUGCCGACGCCGUUAGCAGGAUCCCUGACUCAGACGCACAGGAGAUCACAUGCGCCGCCAUCUCUACCGCGACGCCGGCGGACCUGGUCAAACGCAUCAGCAACGACAUCGCGGAGGACGAGGAAUUCGGCCCGAUCUACAAGGCGCUGAAGAACCCCGACCAGACACCACCGCCUGCCGUGGCGGCGAAGCUCAGCCGUUUCGGACUCAAUGACGAAGACCUGCUGAUCUACCAGGAGCACCCGGAGCACCCGGAGGACAUACCUCUGCGCUGGUGCAUACCAGAGACGGCACGCGUGCCGCUUCUGGCUGAGUUCCACGACACUCCGACAGCGGGCCACCAAGGAAUUCACCGUACCCACGAGGCGCUAGCGCGCCACUUCUACUGGCCCCGGAUGCGGCAGGACGUGGAGCGCUAUGUGCGGAGCUGCAAAUCCUGCCAGCGCCACAAGCCGAGACAGGGCGCUGCCCCUGGUCCCCUGCAGCCCCCAACCCGUUCCCCGAAAACCCCUGGACCGAUAUCAGCCCUCGACCUCGUUGUUCAUUUUCCCACGGGGUUCCAACCCCCAUGGACUUCCUUGCCAAAGUUUGGGCCUGAUCGAGAACCCCGGUUUUCACCGGCCCCCUUCUGGAAAGGAAACCUUUCCGCUUUGCUGGGUCCCCGACUUUCAUUUCUUCCACUUGGAACACCCCGAAGACCGGACGGCCAAACAAAAAGGACGAACCGGCACCAUGGGAGCAAGACCCUUCCCCCACUUACGUCAACUACCGCAUGGACAACUGGGACUCACUCCUCCCCGUGGCCAUACGCCGCACGGACACACCUGCAGCCGAAAAAGGACUUCGUGGUGCGCCUCAAGAGCAUCAUCACCGCCGCAAGAGACGCCCUCGCCCAGGCACAGGACAAGCAGAAGAGGUACGCCGACCAGCGCCGCAGCGACGACAUCAAAUAUAGUCCCGGCGAUCAGGCAUGGGUCACCGCUGACCUCUUCGUCGACCAGGCCAACCAGCGACGACCCAAGGACAAGCUGAAGCCCCGCUGGCAAGGCCCCUUCACUGUCAUCGACAUGCCGUCGCGCACGACCGUGCGACUCCGGUUCCCCAGCCACGUGCGGGCGCACCCGGUCGUCAACGUCACCAAGACCAAGCCGUGUGUCAACAGCCCGUCAGACUUCAACACGCGCCCCAAUGACGAACCACCACCCCUGCCGGACGGCGAAUCGGACGAAUACGAGGUGGAACGCAUCCUCGACGAGCGAGUCCGACGCGGCAAGAGGCAGUACCUGAUCAAGUGGGCCGGCUACGACAUCAACGACAGCACUUGGAUCAACGAGGACCAGCUCACACGCGACUGCCUCGGAACUGCUUGCCUCUCGGCGGCGAUCCCGAGCCCUUGGCACGGUACCGUCAUCAACUAA